AUGGAAGAAGCUAGCCGCCUCUUGUCCACGAUAGAGCUGGACGAAUUCACGGUCACGGAGGUGCGAAAUGGUUUCGAGACCAUGGAGAAGAGGUUAGGCGGUGCCAAGGAGGCGGGCGAGGCAUUCUUAGGCAAGUUGAAGGUCGCAAUGCCGAAGACGGCGCCCAUGCUCAAAAGGUCCAGCACGGUGUGGCAUCUUAUCAUGGACCUGGUCGCUUGCCUGGACGAUCCCGGCAUGGUGCAAAAGCGCUUGGAGUACAUCGCGCUGCGCCACAUGGCGGCCGAAGUGACCACUCCAGAUGUGGAAGUUUUCAAGACAAUCAUGAUGGAGGUUUGCGCAGCAAAGCUGGGCGGGCUGAUGACGCCGGAGUUCCAGUUUGGGGUAGCUCAGAUUGUCACGGCCGUUGGCCUGUCCUUGGCCAACACGUUUGAACACUACGCAGCUCGCUUGAAGCUGCUCACGUCCUGCUGGGCAACCAUCCAAGUCAAUGAGGAUGAUGAGGCCAAGGAAGAGGAACAGGUGCAGCUGGACGUUGAGGACGGGGAGAACUCAGAGCACAAGCAGCUGAAUCACUCCAACGAGCAGUCUGCUAAGGACUGGUUGGCAAACGAGGACAACGACCAGGGAGCUGACAAGGCGGAGAAGGACCGCCGCGACAAGUGGAAUGUGAACUCCAAAAUGAAUAUCCCAAAAACCUUCACAGAGAUGGCGCGUUUCAACGCCUCUGUGAUGGGUGUGGGAGAUCGCGUGUGGUUCGCGGACAUGCUCUACUCCAUGGAGUCCUUGGUGCCGCACGUGGGCAACAUCGACCGCAUGCAGGAGGAGUGUGAUGUCCUUUCGCUGACCCUGGCCCGGUACGACAAGGUCGUCCUCAAUGACUUUAAGUCCGUGAUGUUUGCAUCUCUGCGGUCUCUGAUGCCGUCAAAGUGGGACAUGGAGUACGAAAAUGCUUGGGGAUGGUUCUGGGAUUGCGUGGAGAAGAAGGUUGAAGCAAACAAGCAGUUCCCAAAGGUUUAUCAUGGCAACUUGCGUUCCUUCUUGGCGCGCUUGGACGACGAGACGCUUGCCGACUUCAAGCUCGAGGUGUUUGAGACCUUCUUUGCCAACUGUGAGCAGUCGCAGCUGUUCCUGAGGGCGGCGAACAAGCGGCUCAUGUACAUCAUGGGCAGGAUCUUGACCAUCAUGGCAGAUGUCUACACGAAGACCCACGAUGCAGUCAUUGCCAUCUCAGCACUAGGCCUGUUGCAUGCAGGCCAUGGGAUUCCCGAGGAUUUGGUGCGACCCUUCGUGGCCGCCACUAUGGACACAAUCAAAAAGCACUGCCCUGACCAGAUGCUGCACCAAGGGAUCUGGUGGACCUUGGAUUUGAUCGGCCGCAUCUUCAUCCGCACCCUUUCUGAGGGCUCAACGCCCGUUAUGCUGGCCAUCAACCGGAACAGCGCCGGCGCGCUCCAGAAGGCAGUGGCUUCUUCCCCCCGGGGCGAGCGCGAGCUCUUGCUGCUAAGGGUGCAGGUUGGGACAGAGGCUAUCUCGCCGCUGAUGUGGUCCAUCGAGAAGGGUGCCUUGGAGUCAGCAAAGGCCAUGUUGGAAGAUUUGCUGACCAUGCGUGCAGACCGAUCGCGGUACUACUAUGGCAUGGAGGCACUCUGGACACGGCACCCGGACAUCAUUACCUUGCUUUGCAACAAGGCACCCAGUCUGCUGACGUCAGUAUUGGAUGGUCUUGUGUGGAGGUCAAAGAGUGCCAAGAACGGCGUGAGGCGGGUGAACUACUACAUCGGCUCGAUGAUGGUUGGCCUCGAAGGAGAGCUCACGAACUCUUUGCUUGAUCUAAUGCAGCACGGAGACCCGGCCGUCGUUUGCCAUCCUUCCGCCGUUUUCAUGGCCGACCUCCUCUGGGCAAAACUCUGCUGCCUGGCAUGGGUGCUCACAAAGCUCUGGUUCUGCGUGACGCUGAUUGCCUUCGCCAUCGGCCUGCAGAACGGGGUGCUGACCAAUGAGACAAACCCCUCGGGCCCCGAGCGCUUCAUGAAGAUCGGCUGCCGUGCUUUCGUGUACAUCUGCAGCAUGGGACAGCUGCUCUACAAGCACUCCACACAGAUUUGGAGGGCCCUCCGUCAGAGGCAAACGCAGCGCUUCGUCUGGCGUUGCCACUUGCCCAACUACUUGAUGCAGUCCCGGCAGGAGUCCAUGGAGCUGGUCUUGUUGAUCCUGCUGUUUGUCAUGCUGUGCAUGGAGCCCGUCUUGCACUGCUUGCAGGUUAGUGACCUCUGGGUCACGGACUGCUGCCAGAAUGGCGACUGGUACUGCGGGCUUCGUGAGGCCUACAGCACCAUUGCUUGCUUCCCCAUGCUGCUCUACUUCCUCCUUGCAUCGGAACUGGUGCACCUCAACGUGCAGCUCUCUGUGUUCAGCGUCGUGUGCGCCAGCCUCUGGUGGGAGUUCAUCCUCUACAUGGGCGUCCUCGGCUUUCUGACCGCAACCUUCGCCUCUGCUGUGGCAUGCCUGCCCCAAUUGGGUGAUGACGAUGCAAUUCAACAAGAGGGCUUCUUCAAUUGGCCCGCGGCCUUCGAGUCCAUGCUGUCCAUGGCCCUCAACGUCUAUGGUGGCGACAACUACGAAGAGAUCGCCAAUGCCUCGGAGCCCUUGCUUAAAUGGUUUAUCAUUGCCUUCGCUGCUUGCUGGCAUGUCUACCUCAUGAACCUCAUGGUAGCCCAGCUCUGCCAGCGCUACAAUGCAAUCUUCUUCAACGCCCGCGGCCAUGCCAGGCUGAUCCGCGGGAAGCUUAUUUAUGAGACGGCCAUGCCACUGAUCUCCAAGAAGCGUUGGGCGGCCUUUGUGAAAACCCUCCACCUCGGCGAUGCCUGCGAGCUGGACGAGGGCGACAACGGUCCACGUGGUGCCGUGCCGACCUUUGAGCCACCCUACGAGUACCAGAACAGCCCCCACAUCGAGCUGGACCGUGUCUACCGCUAUGGCGGCCUUGCGAACUCCUCCCUGCCCUGGCCACAGCUUGCCCUGGCUGUGGACGACAGCGCCAUGGGGCGCUUGGAGAAAAUGACCAGGACAAAAUUCGAGGAGAUGGACAGUCUGAUGCUUGACAUGGCUGUCAAGCUGGGUGUGCGCAAUGCCAGCUUGUUGGGCUCCAGGGACGCCUCUGAGUUGCAGUCCAAGAUGUCUCACGACAAGGCCAGCAGCAAGGGGGAGCCGGCGGAGCCUGAAGAAGUGACAGAUGUGCUGGACAUGAUGGAGAUGCUCCCCAAUAAUGACGAGGAUGGCAAGGUCGUCGAGGAGGAACAGGCGGAUUAA